UGGCGCAAAGCAACGAAAAAGUGCCCCGGUGGAUCCUUUCCCUCUCGAGGUCAUGGCCGCGCGCGUGCAGGCAGCAGUGGAGGUCGUGAAGAACAAGGCACUGAAAGUCGCAGAGGACACCAAGGCCUAUGCGAAAGAGAAGACCUCCCAGGCGAUGGAAAUGUCCAACGCCGCCAAGCAGCGGGUGGUGACCAUGGCUCAGCAGCGGAUGUUGGCAGUUGCAGCAUCAAAGGAGGCAAUGAGGGGCUACCUGCAGAAUGGACAAGUCUUGCUGCUGGAUGCCUACAAGGAGUUCAGAGCCACUGGAGUGAAGGAGUUUUCUCAAAAGUAUGCGGCACUCCUGAAGCAACACACUGGAGAGCACGCGCUUUUGUUGAAGCAGUUGGCCAUCAAACAAUCCCAGCAGGUGAAGGCUUCCUCCUUGGCCGUGGUGGGCUCGGUGCAACGUCGCGUGACGACGACCUAUGAGACGUGCCACUCCAAGGCGCAGCAGGCCGUGACGUCGGCAAAGGCCAAGACGGUGGAGAUCUCCACCAAAGCCAAGAACGUUGCGAAGGAUGGCCACGUCCAAGCGACCGCCGCGGGCGUCUGUGGCGGCGCCGCCGCCCUGGGCGCCACUGGUGGCGCCACCGGGCUGACGGCGGGCGUCGUGGUGGGCGCGGCGCUCGGCGUGGUGCCGGCCAUCUUCACAUUUGGGCUGUCCAUCCCACUGGGCGCGGUCAUUGGAGGCGGUACCGGCUUGGCCGUUGGCACCACCGUGGGCGCCACCGCGGGCGCCGUCAGCGGCGGCGCGGCGAGCUAUGGCGCCUAUGCCCGGAAGGACGAGAUCAACGAGAUGCGAACGCGGGCCGUUUCCAGGGUCUCCUCAGGUGUGGAUCUGGUUCGAGGAAAGGCGGUAGCCUCCGUGGACUAUGUGAAGAGCCAAGCCACCUUGGUACGGGCCAGAUUCGCCAAGGCCUGAGACCAACGGAGUGUGUUGUGAUGGACGUGAUGGACGAGCAGAAAUUCUAAGAGUCUCAUGACUUUGAAAAAGUGGGAGAUAUGAGAAGAAUUGAUAAGAUGUGUAUAGAUUUGUAUAGAUUUGUAACCAUCCACAAUUUUGGGAUAGAAACAAUAG